AUGGCCUCACUUCUGUGCACAAAGAAUUUCAAAGCACCAGGGUCUCACGGGUAUAUCUGCCUUUUGUGUCCAGGUUUCCUCAGCACCGGGGAUCAGUCGGCCAAAGGGAACUAUGGGCUGUUGGACCUGAUCCAGUCUCUGCGCUGGACCAGUGAGAACAUUGCGGCGUUCGGAGGAGACCCACUGAGGAUUACGGUGUUCGGUUCUGGAGCUGGAGCCUCCUGUGUCAACCUGCUCACCCUGUCCCACUACUCUGAGGGAAACCGCUGGAGCAACUCCACGAAAGGUUUGUUCCAGCGCGCCAUCGCUCAGAGUGGCUCAGCGCUUUCCAGUUGGGCGGUGAGUUUCCAACCGGCCAAGUAUGCACGCAUGCUGGCCCGAAAGGUGGGCUGUAACCUGGAGGACACGCUGGAGCUGGUGUCCUGUCUGCAGAAGAAGCAGUAUAAAGAGCUAGUGGACCAGGACAUCCAGCCCGCACGCUACCACAUCGCCUUUGGACCGGUCAUAGACGGAGACGUGAUCCCAGACGACCCGCAAAUACUCAUGGAACAAGGUGAGUUCCUGAACUAUGACAUCAUGCUGGGGGUGAACCAGGGCGAGGGGCUGAAAUUUGUGGAGCUCAUCGUGGACAACGAGAACGGCGUCCAGGCCAACGACUUCGACUACGCCGUGUCCAGCUUUGUGGACGACCUGUAUGGGUAUCCAGAGGGAAAGGACAUCCUCCGUGAGACCAUCAAGUUCAUGUACACGGACUGGGCCGACCGCCACAACCCUGAGACCCGGAGGAAGACACUGCUGGCCCUGUUCACCGACCAUCAGUGGGUGGCCCCCGCCGUGGCCACCGCAGACCUGCACUCCAGCUUCGGCUCGCCCACCUACUUCUACGCAUUCUACCACCACUGUCAGACGGAGCAGGUUCCACCGUGGGCCGACGCAGCUCAUGGAGACGAGAUCCCGUAUGUGUUCGGUCUACCUAUGAUCGGACCCACAGAACUGUUCCCCUGCAACUUCUCCAAGAACGACGUGAUGCUCAGUGCCGUGGUCAUGACCUACUGGACCAACUUCGCCAAGACUGGGUAA